AGAAACAGUGCUUGUUCGCUAGAGUCUGUCAAUAUGGCGGAUCACUGAGUUUUGCAGGAAGAGACUAUGAGUAAAUAAACACUGUCUUGAAAUCAUUUUUAAAUACCAGCCUCUAAAUGAGCAAAGGGAUAACGCACAACAAACAGAAAAUGUCAAACGACGGAAGCAAAAAGCAGUUCUGGAAGAGGAACGCCUCGAAAGUCCCCGGGAGCAUUCAGCAUGUGUAUGGAGCACAACAUCCACCUUUUGAUCCCCUUCUCCAUGCAAAUUUAAUGAAAACCGGCAACAUGUCACAUACAACACCAGUGAAACCAAAGAAAGCAACAACUUUUCAGGAGUUUGAAAGCAUUACGAGUGAUGCAUGGGAUGUUGGAGAAGAUGACGACGAACUUUUAGCAAUGGCUGCCGAGAACUUAAAUAUAGAAGUUGUUAUGGAAACAGCCAAUAAAGUAAUUGAAAACCACAGCAAGUUACAUGAACAGAAACAGCAAGAAGAGCAUUUUGAAAAAGAAGAGGAGGAGAAGGAUAGGGACGAAGAAGAAGUAGUAACACCGACCGCUUCAAGUUCUUACAGUGAAAACAGAAUGGUGAAGUCUUUCAGUGAGGCACACAUUACAGCAUCAAAAGAGGGUGUAGGUAAAAGAGCAACACUCCAAAGGCAACAGUCUCUCCCACAUCGGCCGCUAAUACCUUUAGUAGCAAGAAUGGCUGAUCAGAACACGUCGGGUUCUCCGGUAAUGACAGAAAGAGAGGCAUUCCGCUUAGACAAAUUUAAACAGCUGCUGGCAGGCCCCAACACUGACCUCGAAGAGUUGCGGAAAUUAAGCUGGUCUGGGAUUCCAAGACAAGUUCGGCCAAUAACAUGGAAACUUCUUUCCGGCUAUCUUCCUGCAAAUGUGGAACGAAGAGAAAGCACUCUGCAGAGAAAACGACAAGAAUAUUUUGGUUUCAUUGAACAAUACUAUGAGUCUAGAAAUGAUGAACACCAUCAGGAUACAUACAGACAGAUUCACAUAGAUAUUCCCCGUAUGAACCCUGAGAGUUUAAUACUACAACCAAAAGUUACAGAGAUUCACAUUGACAUUCCAAGAACUAAUCCUCUUAUUCCUCUCUUUCAACAAGCUUCUGUGCAAGAGAUCUUUGAACGUAUUCUCUUCAUAUGGGCAAUACGGCACCCAGCCAGCGGAUAUGUGCAAGGCAUAAACGAUCUAGUUACUCCUUUCUUUGUUGUCUAUGUUUUUGAAUAUAUCGAGGAAGAGGUGGAAAAUUUUGAUGUUUCCAGUCUGCCUGAAGAAGUGCUGCGGAACAUUGAAGCUGACAGUUUCUGGUGCAUGAGCAAGUUGCUUGAUGGCAUUCAGGACAACUACACCUUCGCCCAGCCUGGAAUUCAGAGGAAAGUGAAAGCUUUGGAAGAACUUGUUAGUCGGAUCGAUGAACACAUCCACAGGCAUUUACAGCAAUAUGAGGUGGAGUACCUGCAGUUUGCCUUCCGCUGGAUGAAUAAUCUGUUGAUGAGAGAACUUCCUUUGAGGUGCACCAUUAGGCUUUGGGACACGUAUCAGGCUGAGCCAGAGGGGUUUUCGCACUUCCACUUGUACGUGUGUGCUGCCUUCCUUGUCAGGUGGAGGAAAGAAAUUUUAGAGGAAAAAGAUUUUCAAGGGCUCAUGAUCCUGUUGCAGAAUUUACCAACAAUGCACUGGGGAAAUGAAGAAAUCAGCGUUCUCCUGGCAGAAGCCUAUAGAUUAAAAUACGCAUUUGCAGAUGCACCGAAUCAUUAUAAGAGAUGAGGCUUAUUUUAAAUUAUAGGAAGAAUUACUGAAUUAAUAGCUUCUAUUUUCCAGUUUUCUAGUUUAACCCAACUUCACAGUUAUAACAAUAUUACAGUAUGCUUAUUGGACAGUUCGUAAUAUAAUGAUAUGGUUUUAUUUGAUAUUACAAAUGUGUGUCCUCCAAUAUCAUAUCCUCCUUAUUCAUCUUGGCCUAGCCUGCUUAUAAACUGGUAGUUUAAUGUGAAAAGAGGUGACUAAAAAAACUCAACCACAUAAUUGAAGAUUUAACAUGACUGGAUAUCCUGGCAUAAUAUAUAAAAAUGUUUAUUGGAAAAAAAUCUUCUUGCUAUUUAUUAGUCAUUUAGGUGUAUUAUAUGGCAGGGAGAAGUGCUUAACAAGAUUUGCUGUUCUGUUGUGGGUUGAAGUAGUGCACUGCUCCCAAUCCAUACAACCAAUGUAUACCACAUGUUAAGUGCUGACUAAGGGGGAACAGUUUAUCACAGGACUUGCAACACCACAUAUAUUAAUCCAAGCUUUCAAGAGAACUGCAUGAUAUGUUUCAAGAAAUGUCCAGUCUAAGAUCAGUCACGUUUGCAGCUGCUGCUAUUUCACAUUCAUUAACGGAUGUUCUUUCGUCACAUGCUAUAUGAGUUGGUACCUGUGAAAGUAGUGUAUGCUCAAUGGGCAAUAAUCUAAUCUUCCACAGUCACUUCAUCAUUUUACCUUCUCCACAAAACCAGUAAAGGAUCUUUGUAACACUUUAUAACAAAGAACUACCUCAGGAGAUGUCAGGUUUAAUUCUACACCAUUCUGCUGAAUGUAAUCCUCAUGGUGGAAAACAGUAAAACCCAUUUGCUAUUCCUCAUGAAUAGAAAUUGCACUUCAUAAAACCUUCCCCCUUCAUCCAUCUGGUUUUUAUAAAAAUACUAUAGUUUACAUUUUUUUUUACUAUUCACAAUGAUCCAAUUAUGUUGUGCCUAACAGAAUUAUGUUGUACCAUUAACAUAAUAGUUAUUUGGACUGACUAUCGUUUUUUAAGAUCUGUCUGCACAUUCAAACUUAAAAAGGUGGAUUUUAUUUAAUUAGUUUACUUUUCACUAAGUCUGUAAUAAUAAACUAUACCAGCAUAUUAGCAUCAUUUGUUUUUACAGCAGAACUGAUUUUUAUGAAUUUGGGCAUGCUAGUCACCUGAGUAAAAUAAAGAUUUUAAACCAGCCUGAUGUUUUAGACACAUAUAGCUUCUCAUAUAUCAUGAAAUAAGUGUCUUAUGUGUGUAUGUAUAUAUGUAUGUGUAUAUAUAUAUAUAUAUAGAGAGAGAGAGAGAGGUUAUUUCCCCAGUAUGUGGUUUUCUUUAAUCUGUUUGUGCUCUCCCCAAAAUACCCUAUGCAUUAAAGUAACUAAACAUCAACAAUAUUUCCACAAUAUAUGAUGUCUAUAUUCAUAAUAAAAUGAGAAAUUUCCCAAAACAUGUUGUUUAAACUAGAGUAUGAUGACAGAAUUUUGGUUGAGCCAUCAUUUUGUAUUAAAUUAUUGUGUUAUUUCAGACAAAUUCCAUAAUGUGUUCAAAUUAAUGUGUAGCGACUUUUUGGAACAUGAUCCCUGUAGUUUAUAUAAUGCUUAGUUACUACAGAGACUAACAAGCUGUAACAGAAAAAUACAGUAUACAAGUAGUAGGUAUGUUCUGUAAAUUUAAAAAACAAAAUGUAUAAAGAAAAACAUUUUCAAAUGCAAAUCUGUAAAUAGAAAUGAAACCUGUAAAUAAAUGAAUAACAGGAAAAGGA